AAAUCAAUAAAUCCAGACAAAAAACAAAUGGAGACUUGAGGAUUCUCUCUAGGGUUCGGUGGCUUCCGCCGGCCGCCUUAGUGUAGUUCGUUUUUCCCUUCUCGUUCUCAGCCUUGGCUUUGGAUUGCUUCAGAACAAAGGCAGGGCGAUUAGGUGUUUUGGGUCUACUGCAAUCGGCAGGUUCGUGGGUUGUAGGGAAGACGUUUGCUAACUGCUACGGCUUCGGAGGGGACAUCUCGGCAGACGAGUUUUUCAAAUAUGGAAGAUGUGGUAGAGCAGUAUAGACGUUUGGCUUUGGAGAAAGAAAACAGUAGGCUGAAUUUUGAUGAUGAGGAGGAAGAGAAUACCAUUCCAAAGGCAAAGGCGGCAGAUUUUCCGGUGGUGGGAGUCAUCCUCACCGACCGGAAAGUCAGAUUUCAGUCAGUUCAGGAACUGUUUGUAUCACUCUGGAGGCCAGGGAGAGGAAUGGCGGUUCAAGAAAUUGAUGAAAAGAGGUAUCUUUUCACUUUUAAUCACAAAAUUGAUAUGAAUCGUGUUAUAGAGGAUGGUCCUUGGUUAUUUGAGCGGAAUUUGUUAAUGCUAAAGGCAGUUGGCCCUAAUGAUAUACCGCAUAAAAUGGACUUGUUCGAAGCAGAGUUCUGGGUGCAAGUGCACAAUGUGCCGUAUAUGUUUAUGAAUGUUGAUACCGCUAGGAGGGUGGGUAACUAUAUAGGGGAAUUCAUUAAAUUUGAUGAAAGCCACUUUAAAGAAAAAUGGAGUUCUUGCUUGAGGGUUAGGGUAAAGAUGGAUAUAAGAAGACCCCUAAAAAAAGGUUCUACUUUGACUAAGGGAGGGGAAGGACACUGGGUAGAUUUUAAAUAUGAAAAACUACCAAACUUCUGCUUCAUUUGUGGGAUUAUGGGGCACUCUGAGAAGUUUUGCCCGUUAAAAUAUGUGGAGGAUCUAGUUUUGGAGAAAAAUUUUAGUGCUGAUCUCAGAGCAGGUGGUGGGGGUAAGAUCAGCCCCACGAGGGGCGGCAAGUGGUUGGGGGAUAAACAUGGAGGUUCGAGUCAGCAAUGGAGGGCUCGACAAAAGGAAGAAGGCACUAUGAGACAGGACCGUAGGGGAAGUACCGCUGAGUCUGAAAGCAGUGGCACAAAGGAAGAGACUAGAAGCGGUGCUGGGGAGGUCGCGGUGGACCAGAAGCGCAGGAGAGUUUGGAAGGAGCCGUCAGAAGAAAACAUCUCAGGGGAGGAGAUGGCACUGGACAGCACAAAAAACGGGGAGGAGGCGGGUCUCAGCUCCUAGGCCCGCCUGAAGUAUUCAUGAAGCUGCAGGUGCAGAGUUUCCACGGUGGUGCUUAUUUUAUUAUUGCUUGCUUUGUUUCUUUUGAUGGUCAGACUGUUGUUUUUGUUAUUGGUUUUGGUUAUUUUUGUAAGACUCUUGCAUUAGGCUCGGGUGAUGAGUGUGCUGCAGUAACCAUUAUUGGUUCAGUUAUGCCCAGUUUAGGAUCAGCGAGUUAUACUGCUUUUUUUAAAGUGGUUAACUCAGAGUCUGGCCCAAGGGCGGAUGGUUAUGGGUGGUGCUCUUGUUAUUUUAGAUCCUUGCUGAAUGCUUUUAUUCUAAUAUAAGUCCCC